CCCCCAAUAGCCACUAGAGGGUGCUAGAGACCCGGAAGUUGAAGUUGUCGUAACUCGUGACCAUUUCCGGCCAGGCAAAUUUGAAACCUUUUCAUCGACUCAAAGAAGACAAUUCACUUCCUUUGUAAAUAACACUCGCUGGCUAGAAGGAAAUUCGUUUCUCACAACAGAGCGGGCCAUGGACCCUAGUACUCAAAGGCUGUUUGAAAGAGUUGCUCAGAAACUGGGCUGGGACAAACCUGGUGCUCUGGACCGAGCAGCAGACGAGUUGAGAAAAAGUUUGAAAAGCAGACGUGAUGCUGUUGACAGUUGUGAUACUGACCCUGCUGAAAGGAAAGAGUCUUCAUUUUUGUCCGACAGCGAUGGCUCUGAAAAGGAGAAUCAGCAUGGGAAGAAAAACAUGCCCUCAAAUGAAGUGCUGCUGGACUCCAGUGAUGAGGACUUUGAUCAAAUUCUUGCAACAAAGGCUACACCCAAACCUGCUCCCAGACAAAUCUCAUCUGCCAAGAAACCAAGGGAACCAAUUCAAAUUUUGUCCUCAGAUAGCGAUGAUGGCUUUGAAAACUUUUUGAGACUUGUGAAAACCCCAAAGGCUCAACCAAGGCCUCAGUCUGCGAGUGGUACUGAUGACAGCCUUAAACAUUUCAUAGUAGACGACUCCUCUUCUGAUGACGAUUUUGUUGUGGAGAAGAAGCCGUCCAUUUCAAAAGCCAAACUGAAGACCCCCAAGUCUAGCCUGAAGUCAGAGAAGCAGCGGCUCUCGCAGUUCGACUCCCCAGUGUUCCUCAGUGACUCGGAUGACGACAGCGACAUUGUGAUCAAGAGCACAUGGAGGACUCGGCACAGUCGCCCAUCCUCGCAGGAAAAGGAUGCUCCGGCUAAAGAAAAUAAACCCAGAAAUGCCCCAUGCUUUCCCUCUCCUCUUGCUUCUGUCCACACGCCCAAGCCCUCUUCAGCCCCGCCCAUACACAGCGGAUGGCGCGAGGACACGGGUAGCUCCGAGGACGAGUUCCAGUCCUUACUGGACCGCAUCAGGAAAAACCAAAAGUUGGGAAGCAGUAGCACAAACGCUUCUCCUAAACCUCCAGAGCCCAAAGCUGCAACAGCCUGUGUGACUCCAUCUGUGAAAGCACAAAAGGACAGUGAUAGAGUGCCAGUAAAAGGAUUCCAGGUGACCAGAACUCCAGCGCAGCUCCCUAUCAGCAGACCUGUGAGUCAGACGGAGCCCAGAGCAGGCCACAGCAGCAGAGUGGCUGUGUGUAAAACACCGGGCUGUUUCCUGCAGUCUCUGUCUUUUCCUGAGUCUGUGUACUGCCGCAACUUCAAGCAGAGCAAAGAGGAGCUCACCAGCAAACUCUACCAGCUUUAUAACACCACUGUUUUUGAGAGCAAGCUGCCCACUGACAUGUCGAUCAAAUGGAAUACAAAGAUGAGGAAGACAGCAGGAUAUUGCAUCACCGGGCAGGAAAGGGUUACUGGAAUACGAUACGCCCGUAUUGAACUGUCAGUCAAAGUCUGUGACUCGGCAGAUCGGUUAAGGGACACACUAGUUCAUGAAAUGUGCCACGCAGCUACAUGGCUGAUAAACAACGUGCGGGACGGCCAUGGACCUUUCUGGAAGAUCUACGCACGCAAAGCCACCCUGGCUCACCCUGAGCUGCCCAUGGUGACCCGCUGCCACAGCUACGACAUCAAUUACAAAUACCAGUACCAGUGCAGCCGCUGCAAAAACACUAUUGGCCGUCACUCAAAGUCUCUGGACACGCAGAGGUUUGUGUGUGCGUUGUGCACAGGGCAGCUUGUCCUGCUCACUCCGUCUAAUUCACGUGGCCCCACACCUUUCGCCACGUUUGUGAAGGAGAACUAUGGUACGGUACGGCAGGAGCUGGCUGGCCAGAGUCACGCUGAGGUGAUGAGAAAGCUCAGCGCCGACUUCGCUAGCAAGACACGCCUCAGCCAGAGCUGAUCUGUGUGUGCUGUUGAUGAAAUUUACAGCGAGUGCUGCUCCAGCCUCUGGUUUUGCCUCCACUAUUCAUUAUGCAGGUAGACAAAUGAUAGAAAUGAUCCUAAGUCAAUCAUCUUUGCUGCUCUUGAGAACCUCAGCUGAAAGUAUUUGGACAUUAUGUUUCAAAUUCUUCUGCUUUCAAAGACAAUGUGAACUGGCAUGGUGAAGUUAUGCAUCAUGCCAGGAAAUGAUUGUGAAAACUGAAGGAUGCCUCUGGUUAACACAUUUCAGGGUAUUUUAAUCAUCUGAUGGUCUAUUGUCUAAAUGUGUGUCCUUACCAUUGGCUAAUUUGGCAAAUUUUAAUGUUUCUGUAUUUUUUUUUUUUCUGUCCUUGAAUCUUUAAGUGUUUUUGUAUGUUUGAAUAAAAUAUUUUUCAUACCUCCAGAAAUAUA